AUGUCAAGUAUCGCAUCAGACAAUGAUGACCAUUCUUCGGCAACGUCAUCAUCAUCGACAAGCGACGAGCACGACACGUCUCCUGCUGAAGAUGCUGACCUCGCGCCAGGCACCGAUGCCAACGGGUUGCGGAGCAGCGUUGCAGAUGUGAUUGAUCCGGUUGUCGCAGAGGAGGAAGGAAGCAGCGGCGACUAUGGGCUUCAGGGCAAGGAUAAUCAUAUGUUUGCGAACGAAUUCGACGUUGUCACCAUCCACGGUCUUCACGGCCACCGUGAGACAACUUGGCAAGCGCGGGAUGAAUCGAAACGAGAGACAGUCCGUGGACUGAAGGAAUUCGAGUUCAAUCUGGGCUUCCGCUUGAUGAAUUAUGGUUACAAUGCUUUCAAGACGCUCUCGAAAGAGGGCAUCACUAAGGAGGCAUCAAAGUUACUGCGUACGGUUGCAGAGGCAAGGAAUGCAAAAGACAAGGAUUUGUUCCGCCCGAUCGUCUUCGUUUGCCAUGAUAUCGGAGGCACGAUCGUCAAACAA